AUGGCAAAAUUUUAUUGUGAAACACAUGGUAACCCAAAACCUAGAAUAUAUUGGAGAAAAUCUGAUGAUCUUCAAGUACGUGCAAAUGAUACAGUAUUUGUUAAUCAUGAAUCAAUAUCAACAUUAUCAUGUGAAUUUCAUGGAUAUCCAAAACCUGGUGAUAUUAUAUGGACAUUUAAUGGUGAAAAUAUUAUCACUGGUAAACCAAGUAAAAGGUUUAAUGUUAUUCAAAUUGAUAAAAAUUAUGGUGUUGAUAGUAAAUUAAUUAUUUAUAAUCUUGAAAGUAAAAAUCCAGGUAAUAAUAAUUGUACUGCUUCAACAGUAUAUACAAUAGUAACAGCAACUAUAUCAUUAUGUUUAUAUACUUUUAUAACAAAUUCAAUUGGUGUAUUAACAUAUAAUAAAGCAUAUGAGUCAAUAAAUCAAAAUAAUCCAGCUUUAGAUUUUAAUAACAAUUAUGGAAAAGGAUACUAUCAAUCUAGUUAUCAAGUAACAUUUAUUACAACAGAUAUAAAUUUAAGUUAUGCUACAACUAUUCUUAGAUAUGAUGGUAAUACUUAUGUAGAAAUUAUAACGCCUGAUAAUGAAAGUGGUACACCAUUGUUAGUUGAUUGUGAUAAUAAUAUAAAUCAAAAAGAUAUUCUUGUUAGGAGAAUAUCUGCACAUCUUUAA